GGCAGUUACAAGACAGAGGCUCGGCAACGUUUUUCUCCCAUCUCUCUUCGCUGCCAUUAUAACGUGGACCUCACUAUAGUUUACUGCUUUGUUUAGGUUGGCAGAAAAUUAAGGAUCGAUUCUCAAACCACUGCUUAACAGAAUACUAUAAUAUUAUAGUAUCUCCAGAUUUUAUUUUGAGCUCAAUGAUUGCCGGUUGUUCGCGUCAGCUGAUUGCCGUUGCCUUGCCUUUGCGACUUUUGUGUUUGUGUUGCUUCGGCUCUUCUUCAGCUUUGUUUUGCAUUUGCUGUAGUGUAAUGUGAAGUAAAAUGUACAAAUAAUAAUUAUUUAAAAACGACAGAUAAAUUUUGAUAAAUGUUUCCUUGCUAUUCAGUGAAUGCUUGAAAACUUUUAAAAUAACAUUUCAUUAUUGAACUUUCGAUAAUACUUUUGUAAUUUUAAUAUGAUACGCUCGGUUAUCAAAUUGAAGCCAUGCUUGUCAGGGAGCAUAGGCCGGCUGCUCCAUUCUAGCUGCUCGCAAAUGAUGCCACUUAUUCCAAUGGUGGUCGAACAAACCGGACGAGGCGAGCAGGCUUAUGACAUUUAUUCCAGAUUAUUGAAGGAAAGAAUUAUUUGUCUCAUGGGCCCAGUUAAUGAUGAUGUCUCCUCAUUGGUAAUAGCGCAACUACUGUUUCUACAAUCAGAAAGUAGUAAGAAGCCGAUUCAUCUUUAUAUAAACAGCCCGGGAGGCAGCGUGACGGCAGGGCUGGGCAUCUACGACACGAUGCAGUACGUGUUGCCGCCGAUCGCGACCUGGUGCGUGGGCCAGGCCUGUUCGAUGGCCAGCCUGCUGCUGGCGGCCGGCGCACCGGGCAUGCGCAACUCUCUGCCCAACUCGCGCAUCAUGAUCCACCAGCCGUCGGGUGGCGUGCAGGGUCAGGCCACCGACAUCCAGAUCCAGGCCGAGGAGAUCAUCAAGCUCAAGAAGCAGAUCAACCAGCUCUACGUGAAGCACACCGGCCUCGCCCUCCACGUCAUCGAGCAGAACAUGGAGCGCGACAAGUUCAUGUCGCCCGACGAGGCCAAGAGUUUCGGCAUCAUCGACUCCAUCCUCGACCAUCCGCCCAAAGUGGUCGACAAGCCCGAAGAAAACGCUACGAAAAAAGAGGAGGCUAGCGCAAAUUAGGUGACUUGUUAUUGUUGUUGAUUUUUAUAUUUUUAUCGAAUAGUUUGAAACACACGUUGCGGUCGUAUUUAUGAUUCAUUUUGUAAAAUUUAAAAACGUUAGUCAUUACAACAUUUUUUUUAAAACUUG